UCCCUCGUUCUCUCUCGCUCUGCUCCACAUCUCGUCUCCAAUGGAGUCCAUCGCCUCGUUCCCAUCCUCUUCUCCCCUCCAUCUCUGCCUCCCAAGCUCCUUCUUGCCUCCUCUCCCUCCUCUUCGCUUCCCUCUUCACCCUCACCGUCAUCAAAGAGCCGCGCGCCUCGUCUCCCACUCUGCUCUCCCUUCCUCCGCCGCCUCCUCCACGCUCUCGACCACCGACACCACCAUUUCCGGCGAGAAGUUCAAUUGGUACGCCAACUGGUACCCUGUGGCACCUAUCUGUGAUCUUGACAAGCGAGCGCCGCACGCCAAACGAAUCCUCGGCCUCGACAUCGUGGUGUGGUGGGAUCGUGUGAAGGAGCAAUGGCAGGUGUUCGACGAUCGGUGCCCCCACCGCCUCGCCCCUCUAUCCGAGGGACGGAUUGAUCAAUGGGGCCGCUUGCAGUGUGUCUACCAUGGAUGGUGCUUCAAUGGCUCCGGUGGUUGCGAGCUCAUCCCUCAGGCCUCUCCUGAUGGUCCGCCGGUUCAAAGAGCUAAGAAGGCUUGUGUUGCUGUUUAUCCAAGCAUUGUGCAGAAUAAGAUUGUUUGGUUUUGGCCAAGCACUGAUCCUCAGUACAAGGAUAUUGCACUGAAGGAGAAACCUCCAUAUGUGCCUCAGCUGGAUGAUCCAUCAUACACCUCUUCCAUGGGAAUGAGAGAUCUUCAGUAUGGGUAUGAAAUUCUGACAGAGAACUUGAUGGAUCCUGCUCAUGUUCCAUAUGCACACUAUGGACUACUGACAAAUCCUAAGCCAAUUGCUCCUAAUGCUAGAGAUCGAGAAGGAGGCAGACCUAUGGAGUUGAUCAUUGAGGUAUUAGAUAAAACAGGCUUCUUCUCAACAAACAAUAUAGGCCACUGCAAGUUCAUAGCACCUUGCCUCUAUUACUCUGUCAUGACCUUAGGUUCCAAUAAUGGAUCAAUUUCCUCGCAGAGCACUUCAGAGGACUCAUCUAAGACGAUCCAAAAACAAAAAAAUUCUCUUCUUGUUUUCCUUUGCGUUCCAGUUAGUCCUGGAAGAAGUAGAGUAAUCUAUGCCUUCCCAAGGAACUUCUCUGUUUGGUUGGACAGAAUUUUUCCCCGCUGGUUCUUUCACAUAAGACAGAAUCUGAUUCUGGAUUCAGACUUAUAUCUUCUGUAUAUAGAGGAACAAAAGAUUGCUGAAGUCGGUCAUUCAAAUUGGCUGAAAGCUUGUUAUGUGCCGACAAAAUCAGAUGCCAUGGUUACUGCUUUCAGGAGAUGGUUAAUAAAACACGCAGAAGGUCGAAUUCACUGGCCUACCAAGUUCAGUAAUUACCUAUCCCCUUCCCUGCCAAAAGAACAGAUUAUGGACAGAUAUUGGUCACACACAGUGCAAUGCAGCAGCUGCCGUGCAGCUUUAAAAUGCAUGAAAGUGCUUGAGAUUUUCCUGCAGGUUUUCUCAGUCAUCUCAAUUGGAAUUUUAGCUGCCAUGAAAGGGAGUUUAGUGUCAACUGUUACAAGAGUUUCGAUCGUCUUUACAGCAGUGCUAUGUUUUCUAGCAUCCAGGUGGCUUUCUCACUUCAUAUACAAGAACUUCUAUUACCAUGACUACAAUCAUGCCUUUGUUUUAAAACAAUGAAAUACAAAAAUUCCCAGCAAUUGCCUUACCUACCAUGCUCAGUUAAUGUAUAACUGAACAUAAAAGGUGGUAUUGUUUAUAUGUUCUUGUAGGGGGGAUAAAAAAAGGUGCAUCCGGAUUAAAAUGUAUAGAAAAAUUACCUUUAUACUCUUUUUCAUGUAUAUAUAUAUAUAUAUAUAUAUAUAUAUGAAUUUCUCAAUCAACUGUAAUCAAAACUUGAAAUUAAAAACAAGUGGUCAUUCUUUCUGCA